GGUCAUAGUGGAAAUACAUAAAGUUCACCAAAGGGACAAAGCCGAGCUAGUCUCGUCUGAGUACACACUGACUGAUUUUACAAUCGGUGAAACCCUAGAAAUCAAUCGAUCGUACGCUUGGCAAUGGAUGGGGGGAGGCCGGUGAGCAUAUACAAAGCUGCGAGAACGAUAAAACAGAAAGAGAACUCAUGUGUGUACAACUCACUCCGAUCAAUUUACGAGGACUCGAUCUUCGUCGGAGAGAUCGCACAGCUAUGGCCCCAACUACCACUCCUCGCCAACCUCCGAUGUGGUCUUUGGUACUCCUCCAAUUUCCACUCUACUUGCUAUUUCAAGUCCACCGACGGUCACACCAACAAUUGGUCCUUCAACACCUCCCGACUCAACCUCCACGUCGCCCUUCUCGCUGGACAGAAGGGAGGCUGCAUAAUUGUUGAUUCAACUCGGAAAGGGAAGAGGUUUCCAGACAGUAUGUCUAAGACAAUACCAAUUUGGACAUGUGUGUUGAAUCGAGCAAUUUUGAAUUAUGUGAACAUGCAUGGAGCUGGGAUGCCGAUGGAGGAGCUAGAUACUUCUGAUCCACUUGCUGAAAAUACUAAACAAGUCUCUCCUGAAUGGGAUUGUUCCUUGCAUCUACCCCUCUGGGUGCCUGAAACAGAGAAAGCAGCUAUUGAGGAUCACUUGGAAGGAUGGAUUAUGCAAUUGGAAGCUAGUGGAGCAGAUAUUGCCUCGCUUGCGUCUUCCUUGAAAAAGCCAUUACGGCCACUAUGGAUUUCACAAAAAACUGUCAUAUGGUUAAAUGAAGUGCCUGAAUGUGAUUCUUGGGACUUCACACCUAUCAUACUUGUUUCUGCCUCCUCCACAAGUGGCAUUCAUAAAAGGACUACUUCAGAAUUUAGCUGGAAUUAUAUACCAGGAGCUGGAGAUGAUGAAGAAAGUUGGACCAGGGGUUUAUCACCUAAGCUUUUCUGGAAUCAUGCCUAUGAUCUUAUAAAUUCAGGACCUCAUUUGUGUAACCAGAAAGUAGCUGAUAUUGUUGAAAAGGACAGGGUAUACCGUGCACAAAGAGGACAUAAUGCUCCUCAGCUAUCUGUCAAGCCUUCCAAGUUGUCAAGACACACUUGUCAUUAUUCUAUUGAAGUACCAUUAGACUUUGAGAUUUCAGGCAUCAAAAACAGUGGGAAGUCCUACAGUGACGGUUGCACUAUAUCUUUGUUGGGUUUAACAAGUCUUGCUGUUGGUGCAACUCAACAUGCUGUCAAUUAUUCUAAUGUCGAUAGCAUAUUGAACUGUGAUAAGGAGCCGAUCUCUGUCUGCCUCGAGAAUGCUGAAGCAUACUUGCACCUUCCAAUUGUGAGCUCAAAAUUGGACAGGUUCUCUCUGUUAAGAAAUCUCCCUUCCGCAGUGAAUUUUGCAAAGUUGAACCUAAGAAAAAGGAAUAAACUUCUAGUUUGCUGCAGUAAUGGAAUAUGGAGUCAUUGCAUUGUGUUUGCUCUGUUUACAGGAGAGGAUAUUAGUAUCUGUGUUUCUUUGGCAAUCUUGACAUCCUUGUUCAGUGAAGAAGGAUUAUUUGAUGAUGGGAAGUCCUUCAGUGAAAUAUGUAUUACUAAGUCGGAGAUGCGACGACGACUGGUAUUUAUCUGUAAAUAUGCCACAAAUGCCCGGCCCUCCAGAGGAAAUCUGAAGCAGGUUUUUUGUUUUCUUAAUAGUGGAAAUGUUAGUUUUGGGCAAACAUAAAAAGUACGCAUCUAGGGUUGUAACGUUGCCUGGGUAAUCUAUGUAAAGAAUAUUACUUCUAUUUCUACAUAUUCGUGAAUUUUGAGGAAAGAAGAAAGAAAAAGGAAAUUCCGAGUGUACAAAUAUAGUACGCCAGAAAAUUCGGUGUGUAUAAAUAUUGCAUGCCUUGGUUUGCGCAACUUUUUUUGUUUUGUUCUUCAUUUGUGAUAUCUUCUUCAUGUGUACAAUAAUAUGUACAAUAAAAUCACACGAGUUUGAUUGUUA